GAGCCGAGCCAGGGCCGCGCAGGGGACCGUCCCCGUGGUCACUCUGGACGCGGAAGUGCGCUUUCCUUGCUUUGCGUUCAAAUAAGAGCUGCAGUCACCCUGGCAGGGGCUCUGGGUCGAAUUCCGCGAUUGCCCUUCGCAUCCUGGGGGCGGGGACCCCGCGUCCGGGUGCACCGGCGGCUCGCGGGGCGCGGAGCGCAGAACGCCCCGGAGGGGAGGGCAGAGCGUUCGGACUCCGGGUCCUUAGCCUGGCAAGGAGACUGCCCGAGAGAGCUCAGCAGCCUGCCCCAGCAACAUGAAGAAGAUUUUCCUUGUAGAACCUGCCAUCUGCCUCAGUGCAUUUGCCAUGACUUUGAUCACCCCACUGACCACACAGUACGUGUACCGGAGGAUAUGGCAAGAAACGGGCAACUACAGUAUUGCACUGGACAGCAACAUUUCUGAAUGUGAAAAAAAUAAAAGCAGCCCGAUAUUUGCAUUCCAGGAGGAAGUUCAGAAAAAAGUGUCUCUCUUUAAUCUGCAGAUGGACAUAAGUGGGUUAAUUCCCGGUCUAGUGUCCACCUUCAUCCUUCUGUCCCACAGUGAUCACCUUGGACGAAAAUUCCCUCUGAUUUUGACCUCCGCCAGUGCUCUUGUGACCAGCGCCUGGCUCUGUCUGCUUUCCUAUUUUGCCUUUCCAUUCCAGUUUUUGAUUGUAUCUACCUUCAUUGGGGCCCUUUUUGGCAAUUCAACCACAUUUUUGGGUGCCUCUUUCGCCUACAUAGUUGAUCAAUGUAAAGAAGAGAAACAAAGGACCAUUCGAAUAGCUAUCACUGACUUCCUACUUGGAAUUGUUACUGGGUUAACAGGGCUGUCUUCUGGCUAUUUUAUUAGAGAACUAGGUUUUGUGUGGUCCUUUUUCAUCGUUACUAUGGCUCUUACUGUUAACUUGAUUUAUAUUUUAUUUUUUCUUGGUGAUUCAAUGGAGGAGUCUUUGUCUCAGACUGUCUCCAUAUCAUGCAGUGAAGGCUUUAAAAACCUAUUUUACCGAACUUACAUGCUUUUUAAAAAUGCUGCAGGUGGGCAGCGGUCUUUGCUCUGUUUGUUACUUUUUACAAUGAUCACUUACUUUUUUGUGAUACUUGGCAUUUCCCCCAUUUUUAUCCUCUAUGAAUUGAAUUCACCGCUCUGCUGGAAUGAAGUUCUUAUAGGUUACGGGUCAGCUUUGAGCAGUAUCUCGUUUUUGAGUAGUUUCCUAGGAAUAUGGGGUUUUUCUUACUGUAUGGAAGAUAUCUACAUGGCCUUCAUUGGGAUUGUCACCACCAUGGCAGGAAUGGCCAUGACCGCUUUUGCCAGGACAACGCUGAUGAUGCUUUUAGUCCGGCUGCUCUUCCUCUUCACCAUCGUGCCGCUCUCAGUUCUACGGUCCAUGAUGUCAAAAGUGGUUCGUCCUACUGAACACGGGACCCUGUUUGCUUGCAUUGCUUUCUUAGAGACACUUGGUGGAGUCACUGCAGUUUCGACAUUUAAUGGGAUUUACUCAGCAACUGUUGCGUGGUACCCAGGCUUCACCUUUCUGCUGUCUGCUGGUCUGUUACUAAUUCCAGUGAUCAGUCUAUGUGUCGUCAAGUGCCGCAGCUGGAACAAGAGAAGCAACGCACUUCUUAUCCAAGAAGAAUCCAAUGAAGACGCUUCGGACCAAUGAUGCAUUGUGAUUUCAAAACCAUGCACAUGCCAUGUACUCUGGCUUCUGAGACACACAGCCCGGCUGCGUCAUCAGUACUUCAGGAACAGUCAGUGUUACGUGUCCUUUCUUCUGAGAGGAGUACAGGCUCCAGCUCCCGCAGGUCCGAGCACUUAGAGCACUUUAUGAACAUGUGUGACGUAUCUCCAGCACGGAGAACGCAUCUCAAAGCGCUUCCCCUUUUUGGAUUUACAAAAGGAACUGAAACUUAACAGUAUCAGGAGGGAUUAGGACCUUUGAUAUGAUCAAAUGCAAUAAUCAAUACAAAUACUCCAACUCUCAUACUGAGACCAAGGAGAACGCAUUACCUCAGUUUCUUCAUCUGUAAAAUGGGUUUCUGACCUGUCUCCAGGAUUUUGAAGGACAACUGUCGAAAAUUAUGAUGAGUCAUUCAUCGAUAAGAAAAUAAUAAUGGAAGUUUCAAAUAUUCAUAAUUUUACCUCUACAUAGGUAAUGUUUUGUUUUAUAGAGCCCAUCAAGGUGCUGUUGAUAGUGAAGGCUUUUAAUGGAUGCAAAAUCCUUGAAGAAUACAUAUUUUCACUUCUCUUAAUAUGUUUCAUCAGUGACAGGCAUGAUAAUAUUUCUGUAUGUAACAAAGGAGUAAUUGGAAAAAAAAAUCAGGUUAUAAAUAAAAUGGUUUCUAAAGAAAUGUAAAAUGGAGAAAACAGUCAUUUGGGAAGUAAAGUAAUAUUAUAGCACCAGUCUUUGUUCCUUAUUUCUGUCAAAGGGUAGCCAUUUCUUACUGCCUUACACCCAUCCUGGGGUCUACCCUGGUCCCUGAAAACUCCGCAUUGUUUCAUCUUUUACACACUUGCCCUUCCUCCCUGGCGACAAUGAAACUUCUAUGUCUCAGCCAAACUGUUGCUUCCUCUGUGAAGCCUUGACAUCUGUGCCCGCGCCUACCCCCUGCCCCGCCCAGCGUCCUGCAGA